AUGGUGCCAGUGUUGACCACCGUUAUUGCAACAUCCUGUUAUGGCCAACUCGACAUGACUAGUGUGGGUUGGGACGGCAGCUCAAAACUCGAUUGCGGUUUUAUUGAUAUCACAACAAAUAGUCCAAGAAGCAAUACGCCAGCAUCUACUCGUAAAUUUGACCCAUCCCAGAACAACGUGUUGACUGUUCCAAAGACGAAUAUUCCUCGAAACAACUCUAUAGAAAAUUUCCCAGAGUUUCCAAAGCCUGUGGAAUAUGACGCUAGUUCUUCUUAUAUCGAUGACUCCGCUUCGAUAGCUACAUCUAUAGAGGAUGAAGGAAACUUUGAUUUCGAAAUUGCGGCAUCUGAUGACCCAUUUCCUGAUGUUGCCGAAGAGGCAAUUGCUUUUGAUGAGAAUAUUAUUAAUGACAGGAUUUAUAAAAGUAUAAUGGCCAAAGUGGGAAAUCUGAUGAUUGCCACAGCUGAAGGUGUUCACGUGAUUGGAAAUAUUGCCAGUGGAAGCACUGUAAUAAAUGGAGGAAUUGAAAGUGUUCAACUCUCUUAUAAAAUGUCAAUUGCGCGGCAGGAUGCUAACGAUCUUUUAAAAAAAAUUGCCUUGAACUCAAAACCAAUGGAAUUUAUUCCGGCAAAGAAUGUGACAUUUGAAUUAUCUGCUCCAGCUGAAACAACAAUAUCUUUUUUGAAUAUCAACGUGACUGGCAUCGUGGCAUCUCUGGACGAUGAGAUAGUUUCCCAUCUUGCUCCGUUUACUUUUGAUGAUCAAGUGAACGAUAAUAAAUUGCGACUAACCGUCAAUAUGCGAGAUUCAAAUAUAGAGAUUGUGGAUCGAAAAAGGAAAAAGCCAAUGAAACUUAAAAUCACGAGAUUGGUCAUUGAGCAAGAUGAAGGUUAA